UGCCAUUUUCAUUUUAUUCAGAACCUCUAUAUCGCUGAUAUUACAGCUUUUACAGACUUUGGCAUUCCACGCCAAGGGAACCAACAUCAAUUUUUUCCUUUCUUCUAUUGCUGCCAGGAAUGUAACUGAAAAAAAUUGUAAGUGUUGGUUGUUGCAGGAAAGCAUUUCCUUCAGCCAAAGGAUAUAUUUUUUUCAUAAGGCUAUUCGGUGAAAACUGGUCCUGGUAGUACUGUGUAAGCUAAUGUAAUGCAUUGGUGGCUCAGAUGAGUAUGGCUGAAGAAUGUAACUUCGUAACGUCAGAAAUUCAGCAAAUUUGUCCUGCAUAAUUGAAAAUGUAACUGCACUACUUGGGACAAGAACAAAAAUCAAUGAGUAGGCGAGGACAGGCACUGCUUUUCUGAUGGGUCUCUGUAUUAUACAUGUGCUACACAUGUACAUGCCGUAUGCUAGGAACAAAGAAUUGAAGUGCAGCAUACAUAGAACACCAAUGAAAACAUGACAAGCUUAUGUUUCUGGCUGUUAGGCAGAAAGGGUAACUUGCAAGUAUGACAAGGUAUUACUAACACCCUACAUGCAUCUUGUUUCCUGCCUUAAAAAAAUAUCGAACAGCAUGUAGGAGUGCAAAUAGUUACCUUCCAUCCCACAUAAACACUAUAUUUCCAAUGCAACACAAAAGAAAAUGCAAAUGUGUUGCCAGGCAGCAGAUGCAUUAUGUUUAAAUGACUCCCUGCAUGAGCACAAUAACAAUGUGCACAAUGAUGAAGUAGGCAUUUUAGUGAAUCGUUGUCAUGCCUGUGGGGUGCAAUCUUUGUUUGAAGAAGCCCAGAUAGUGUGGGAAGGCACACUGUGAAUGAGCAAUCCACCUAUCUCAUUACUGCAGAAAUAAAUGCUGUCUUCGACGAUCAUGGGCAUGCUGUGCAGGCAAUAGCAAGUCAUGUUUUCACUGGUGCUUAAUUAAUCUGUGCUGCACUUCAUUAUUCCUUUGUUUCCAGUGUACAAUGCAUUUACACUAUCGUUUGUAAUAGACCGUCUCAAUGUAAUGUCACAGGCUGGCCUUCUCUGCUUGUCGACUUAUGGUAAUGUGCAGCACAAACGAUGAGGACAACAAACUGUGCAGAAUGAUCCCCGAUAUAACUACAUUUAAUUCCCAAAAAACGCCUGUUGGAAUACAAACAAAAAGUUAGUAAACCCAGCUAUUACACAAGAAGGAAAUCCAGCUAUUAUACAAGAUGAACAAAAAGACAGAUGGAAACAAACCGCAAGGACAACACGGAUUUAAAGAUAUAAAUAACGUAUGUGUGGACACCAGGUGCAUGAAAAUGUGAGAGACUAGUUGAAAAUCACGUUCUCAAAAACUAUGCACCUGACCAGUCCUUGUGCGACAAGGUUACUUUGGAUUGUAAAACAGAUAUUGAUGUCUGGCUGACACGCAUGAUUCCUCUUUUCUUUAUGUUGCAUGCCUCUGCCAGCUUGUGGGUCCUCUGAUUUCCGUGCUGCAAAACCACAUCAGCAUCACUAAAAAUUGGCAUGUGAACUAGUCAAGGUAUAGCACAUACAUAAAAAAGGAAUCGCGUGCAUCAGGCAGACAUCGGUAUCACAUUUAGAAAGCAAGUAACCUUGCAUAGUUUUUGACAAGCAAUGAUUUUUAACUAGUGUCACUUUUUAAUGUACCUGAUCAUUUUUGUUGCAUUUAUAAGUCUGCGUUAUCCUCAAGGUUUGUAUCUCUUUCUACUGUCGUUAUCGUCGUGUCAUAGCUGGGUUCACGUAUCUUCUUUUCUAUUAAAACAAGCAAUUUCUGUGAAUAAAAUGCAGUUGGAGUUCAGUGCUCGUCCUGCGCAGUUGUUUGUCCUCAUCGUUCGAUCUGCCCGUUACUAUGAAUGCAACCAACUUGCCCAAUGUUCCAUUCUUUCAAGCAUCUAUUUAUGUCCUCGUCCCCAGUCACAUUUUGAAUCACUGUGAAGCGCACUCAUUAGGACUUUCUUGCUAACUAGUUGGUUCACACUUAAAGGAAGGUUAAAACUGCAUGAACAAACUAGGGGAAGCAAAGGAAUACACAAGUCUGCACUCAUGGUGUAUUGUGUGUUCCUUCUACUUGUAUUUGUUUUUUUGCGCAGUUUUAACCUUCCCAUGCUCAUUAACAGCAUGAAUUCUUUUAGCAAACCUCUCUGUCCCCUGUGCCACUUUUGUGCUUGAACUCUACUCGUGAAUUCCUUACAGGUCUGGGAUGAGCAUCAGAAAUCUUUGCUGACAGAGCUCAGCGAUACCAGCCUGCAGCUUUGCGGGGAUGGGCGAUGUGAUUCCCCUGGCUACAGCGCCAAGUUCCUCUCAUACUCCUUCCUGUGCCCUAAAAAGAGAAAAAUCGUACAUACAGAGCAAGUUCAAGUGAAGGAGGUAAGUCAAGCAAAAAGCAGUUCAGAUGCUUUCAUGAUAGGUCUUAUUAUGCAAGCAACAUUUACCCCAGCCAACUAAAAUAUGGCAUGCAACGUUGACAUGCAAUCCGAGCCGUUCAGUGGCUCAUCGCAGUAAAGAGGUGGUCCUUCUUUCGAGAUUUCUGAACUGGGUAUUGCUACGAUUACAUUUUUCAGGCUGUAUAUUAAUACCUGAAAUACCGGGCGCUGAAUAAGAAACACCAAUGUAUGAAAGCCUCUAACCCUACAGCUAGAAAAGAACUAGCAGAACUUUCCAAGUUAAUCAACAAGCGAAAGACAGCUGACAUAAGGAAGUGUAAUAUGGAUAGAAUUGAAGAUGCUCUCAAGAAUGGAGGAAGCCUAAAAGCAAUGAAGAAGAAACUAGGAAUAGGCAAGAAUAAGAUGUAUGCAUUAAGAGACAAAGCCGGCAAUAUCAUUACUAAUAUGGACGAGAUAGCUCAAGUGGCUGAGGAGUUCUAUACAGAUUUAUACAGUACCAGUAGCACCCACGAUGAUAAUGGAAGAGAGAAUAGUCUAGAGUAAUUCGAAAUCCCACAAGUAACGCCAGAAGAAGUACAGAAAGCCUUGGGAGCUAUGCAAAGGGGAAGGCAGCUGGAGAGGAUCAGGUAACAGUAGAUUUAUUGAAGGUUGGUGGGCAGAUUGUUCUACAAAAACUGGCCACCCUGUAUACGCAAUGCCUCAUGACCUCAAGUGUACCAGAAUCUUGGAAGGACGCCAACAUAAUCUUAAUCCAUAAGAAAGGGGACUCCAAGGACUCCAAAGCAGGAGGCAGCAGAAAGUUAGGUGGGCGGAUGGGAUUCAGAAGUUUGGAGGGACAACAUGGUCACAAUUAGUACAUGACCGGGGUGGGCGAAGCAUAGGAGAGGCCUUUGCCCUGCAGUGGGCAUAGCCAGGCUGAUGAUGAUGAUAUCAAUACCAGCGGUGUUUUCUGUGCAUUCCUGUUUUGCAGAGUGAACAAGUGCAGGCAAGUGCCCAAAUGGAAAAAGAGGGUCUCGUAAGAGGCCUCAAAUUUCUUUCUGAGCAAGGCGUGACUGUGGGCUCAUUGACUACGGACCGCCACUCGGGAAUUAAGAAGCACAUGCGGCUGCAACAUCCGGACAUCGAUCAUCACUUCGAUGUGUGGCAUGUUGCAAAGGGCAUCAGGAAAAAGCUGACUGCAGCUUCCCGAAGGGCUGGAUGCAGUGCCAUUACAGAAUGGACUCAAGCCAUCACCAACCACCUGUACUGGUGUGCAUGCGCUUGCGGUGGCAACGGGGACAUGCUGGUGGCAGCAUGGAGUAGCAUGCUGAACCACAUUAAGAACAGACAUGAAGGACAUGGUGGCCUGUACCCCCGCUGUCUUCAUGGACAAUCCCGCCGCAUGCGAUGGCUCACUGCUGACUCUCCAGCCUACAAGCAAAUUGAGCGCAUUGUGGCAGCACCACUGUUGCUGAAAGACAUCCGCCAGUUGUCACCAUCUGUUCAGACAUACAGCCUGGAGUCCUUCCACAGUGUUCUGAAUGGUUUUGCCCCGAAGUCAACUGCAUUCACAUAUGAAGGCAUGAAGGCCCGCACACUGAUUGCUGCGCUUCAUUUCAAUGAGAACUCCCAGCGAGAGCAAGGAAGGAGCUGUGAUGGUGCAGAACAGUGGCGCGUAAAGUCCUCCAAGGUCAGGCAAAGUACCUCAACAGCAUGUGCACUCAAGACAGCUCCCACAUUUGACUAUGUGAAAGACCUGCACAAGAAAGUGAUGGAGCUGUGCGCAGAGUAUGAAACAUUCUCCAAAGCACUUGCACAAGUAGAGGAAAGUGUUCCAGCUGCAUUCUCAUCUCGGAAUGACCAAAGAGUGCCCAAGAGAGACCUUGUAGCUGCACACAAAGCACGGUUCCUCAAGUUCUGA